AUGAAGAAGGCGUCCUACUGCUCCAUGAACGGCUUCAAAAAGUUGCAAGCAGCCUUACUCAAUGAAGCAGAAGUGAAAUGCGAGUCAUGCAUAAAGCUCCUGGAAAUGUGUGGGUACACCCGCCAGAAGCAUGACGAGGCUGUGAGUGCAUGGCUCAACGGAGACGAAAGAGUUGCUAGAGGAGCUGAUGUCACAGAGGAUAAGGAGAGAGACGGCAAGCAGAAAAAGGCAAGGGAUGGAGAAGAUGAGCCGGAGAAGAAGGGUGCAGCACAUGAUGAUUGCACGCUUUCGGAGGACAACGGUGAAGCACAUGAUGGAAACAAAAAGUCAGAUGAUGGGAUCUCGCCAGCUGAAAAAUUGGAGCAGCUCUUCGAGGAGUUUUCCCCGAUCAUCAAGAUAUUGCCAGCAGGGACCAGGAACAAGAAGGUACCGUACCAGUGCACAGUGUGCAGGACACGUCGCUUUCCAAAGGGCAAGAUUGGUGAGCUGAGCAAGAGGAAAUACAAAACCUGCAGGCAUUUUCUCCUGAAGCAUGUCAGGUCUCCGAUGCAUCAAAGAUAUUUGCGCCUGUCAGAGACUGCAAGCGUCCCAAUCACUGUUGGUGGGGCUCAUGGAGAGGUACGCCCUUGCCCGGGAUUGUGUGUGAACGAUCCUCACAAUGCUGGAAAGCUCUACGCCUUCAGAGAGGAGUUUCGCAUCUGGGCAUCGUAUGCAAAUCUGGCUGAAUGUUCUGUGCACAAAUAUUGGCAUGAAGUCAGUGAAAAUGCUUGGUACAUCCGGGCGAAAGAUUGUGAGGAGGAAACCGAUCAGAUGAGCACGGAUGGGAAGUUUGUUUGCGGACAAUGCAAAGCUUUGGGGUAUGCCCAUAGUGUUGUGCGCGGUGUGCAACGCUUUGUACGCAAAUACUAUGCAGCCACUUUGUUGAGUGCCAGGAUGUUUGGCGGAUCUGACGGCCUGGCUGAGGUGAUGGCGGAGAUCAAUGGUAGUAGCAUGUCUGGAGAUACAGAACUGGGCAAGCUGAAGCAGUUGAGGACCGGACCAUUGCAGCUGUAUGUGCGCAAGUCCUUCAUGUCCAAUGCCUACACCAGCAUCAAGCUGAAGGAGUUCAUUUCGGUGGUGGUGAAACCAUGUCUUCAAGUCAACGUGUCAGCUGUCCCAGAACACAUGGCAGACGUCAUGGCACGUUUCACAGCGAUUGUACGUGGAGGUGAAGCAUCUGAGCAGGAUGCCUGCAAUCUCAAGAUGGCAGCAAGCUGUUUGAGUGGCGAACUGGAAUCGCAUCCUUUGAUUCAAGGAUUAGUUCUGCAAUGUCAUCGGAUGCUGCACAAAAAAACUCUUGGUGUGGGAAUGCAAGGGCCACGCCAAGAUUGCACCGAACUUGAGCACAGCCUGAUCUCUGACGCAGGUAUGAGCUUGGCAAUGGCCACCGGCAAUUCCGUGCUAGCACGAGAAUUUGGAUUGUCUUCUGCCUUAUGUCGAAUUUCCCUUGAUGAGCUCGACAAGAAUGCCUUGCCAAAUAGUGCACUUGCCCUUCUUUGGCCAGAGCAAUUGAAGGAGAACUUUGUCAUCGCAGACCAGCGGUUCGUGAGGCAGAUUGUGCCUUGCAUUCGAUGCAACCUACUUGACGUCUACACUAUCCCAAAUGCAACUUCGAGGGCGCAGAGGGAUGGUGGGUGGAAUGUGGUGCGCAAAGCAUCCACAGUUUUGGAAUCCAUACUGUGGGAUCCAUGCGCUCAGAAGAAGUUGCCGCUUAGCAUAUGCUCCAUGCCAAUCGAACACAACUUUGGUGGGGCCCAAGCUUCUUUGAGAGGGAACCUGUACAUGCUCAGCACCAUCGGAAAGCUGCUGUCUCUGAGCCAAGGGGUUGUCAAGGCUGUCAUCUUCGAUGGCCAUGGCACGCAUUUGCAGUGCCGCAAGCUUCUGCAUGGACUUUCGGACCUUGAUCGCGAGACUGUGAGAGGCCUUCCCUUCUUUGCAAGCUUGAAGUACGCUCCGUUGCCUGGCUGCUGUUUGCCCCGGCUUCCCAUCAGCAUCACCUAUGUGAACAAUGAAGUGAUCUGGGGAAUUCCCGGAAUUUGCCAUGCUGUGAAAAAUUCGGGAGGACAGGCAUGCUCAUGGAUCCGCUGUUUGUACUAUGGUCGCUACUGGAACGACCUCACCAUGGCGAGAGAGCAUGGAAUGCCACCAUCAGUUCUUGCGAGAGACUCACCAAUGAGCGACAGGUUUCAAGCACUUCUGUCGUGUCCCUUCUACUUGGACUGUAGCCUUGCUUCAAUGCACGUACCUUGGGCAUUGAGAGGUGCAUUUCUCCAUAACCUCAUUGUGGCGCUCAACAUGGCUCCGCUGCUCCACAGAGACCAGAAUUUGGACUUGGCCACCCGCUGCGAGUGGGCACUGUGUGGCUUUUUGGCCAUUGACGUGUUCAAACUUCUGGCCGAGGAGACAUGCACGAAAAUGGCACUCCCUAAAGGGAGCUGUUUUAUGGCGUCCCAGACGUCCACCAACUUACAGGCAUGCAGCCUCGCUGCAGUGGUCGUUUGCCUGACUCGCGAUGCCACCUUCGAUCCAUGGAUGCAUGGAAAUGCACGCCUAUCGGAGAUCCCGAUAGAGCAAUGGUUCUCUUUCGUGAGGGGCCAGUCACCGAAUAGCCAAGUAUCAGCACGCGGCUAUUUCCAAGCAAGCGCAAGGGUGACCCUCAAACACGGCCAGAAGUUGACCAAGCAGGUUGCAGAAUUGCACCGUGGUGAGGAGCCUCUUUCGGAAGAACAGUUCAAAGCAUGCAGCAAAAAAGCUCUUACUGCUGUGCUUCGCUUGGCUUCCUUGGCAUCGGAUACAAAAACCAGCGUGUUGGAAGCGGCUUAUCGAAAGGCAUGUGCAAGCACCCCCAGCGAGAGAUUCCUGUUUGCAGAUGAAGAGCUGGAAGAUGAUGAGUUUUCUGAUUCCGAAAACGCCCCAGACAUCGAAAAUGAGGCCGAGCAGUUUCUCCAGCAGUUGCAGACCGAGACAGUCUUUAAUGACCCCAACGUGGAGACAGAGGUCCCAGAUGAGGAAAAGAUCGUCGACAUGGAGUUGGCCAAGGUUCCUGAUCAGCAGCAAAUGAGAAGAUUGUUGGAGAAGCCAGAGGCGUUGGUGUCUCAUGAGGAAGCUUCUGCACCUCCCCAACAGAGUACCGGGAGUGGUGAAUUCAUGCCGUGGUCUUUAGGAGAUGCCUUGGACCUCCAAGGUGAUACCUUCAAUGGGCUUUUCAGGUUUGCUGUCAGGCUCCGAUCUGCUCGAGGUGGAUGCGACACCAACUGGGUCCGUCAUGGACGCAAUUUGAGAAGGGCAAGUACAAGCCUGAACUGGCAUCAGUUCAAUGAAAAGCGAAUUGCCGACAUGGAGAAAGAGAAACAAAGUGCAGAGUAUCGCAGCAGGACCACUCGAUUGGCGAAGUGGCGAGAGCUUGCCCAGCAGGCACAGAAAGACCUCGAGAUCGGGGAGUCCGCACCGCAACGCAUAAUGCCUGGUCAUGCGGUUCUCUUCCAGCUACCGAACCGAGAUUUGCAUGGAGGAGUUGAACUGGGCUUAAUUUUGAGUGUGUGGAAGGGUAUCAAAAACCCUCGCCUACAUGCUGGCGAAACUGCUGUCAACUCGGUGAUGGCCUUUCGCUGCGUCUGCUUGAGCAUGAUUGACCAGGAUCAUGCUUCAGAGUGGCAAUGUGGAGCGACAUCCACAGCAUGGACUGUCCGCUUGGAGUCGUUGAUCUGCAUCCUCGACGUUGAAACAUGUGAGCAGCCUGAGACCGGCGACGGGCAGAUGAAGAUUGUCUUGACUGCUGAAUCUGCAGAUGUCCUCGCACGAGUUGAAGGUAUGAGAAGGUGGGCAGUGGCACCCACAAUGACCAGGGGUGCCAAAAAAGCUGCUUUGCUAGCAAACCAAAAUGCCAAACCAAACAAAGGAAAAGGAUCUGGAAAAGGGAUGAAAGUUUCUGAAAAGAGCACUGAUGAGACAGAAAAGAAAGAACCAAAAGAUGAGAAGAAAAAGGAGAAGAAAUCAAAGAGUGCAAAGGUGCUGAAGCUCGAUGUCCAGGAGAUUUCACAACAGAGUUUCCGCCGCCAGACGGCUGGUCGUGAAAACAUCGGCUUUAUGAUGAAGAAGAUCCAUGAGUUGGACACGCAGGUCUUUGCCAAAGCUCCAGCCUUUGAUCCUUUUGGCGUGUGCAGGUUGAAAUUUGAAGGAUCCGAGGAGUUCAGAGUGUAUGAGAUCAUGGAGAAUGCUCCAAAGGCUAUCGAAUUUUUGUACCGCCAUUUCAAGACUCCCAGCGCGUAUGGCAAAAUGGUCUACCAGCAUUUGACCAGCAUCUACACGAGUCUCGAGAAAGAACCUCCAUACCGAAAAGGUUGGCUCAGGUUAAUCAAGGACAUUUGCGACUACAUCAAGGUUAACAAGGGAAAGAAAGAAGUAGAGGAGGAUGAGGAAGAGUCGAAUUGA